CGCCGCCGCCGCUGCUCGGGGAGAGGCGGGCCCACGCCCAGCGCGCGCCAUGGCCGCCGAGGCGGCGACGUGAGCGGCUCGGAAGACCCCGCGCUGGGGCCGGGCCGCGCGCAGAGCUGCCGCCGCGCCUGCGGGGCCGGGAGCCCCGGCCAUGCGGCCGCCGCGACUGCUCGUUCUGCUGCUCCCGCUGCUGGGCGGCUGCACGGCCGCGGCGCCUCCGGCGGACCCUCUUUCGCAGCUGCCUGCUCCACAGAACCCGAAGAUUCACCUGUAUAAUGCUGAGCAGGUUCUGAGUUGGGAGCCGGUGUCCCUGAGCAAUGACACGAGGCUGGUGGUCUACCAGGUGCAGUUUAAAUACUCCAUCAGCAGCAGGUGGUAUGACGUCAGUGUUGAUGACAUCGGGGUGAACUGUAUGAACCUCACCACAACCAUGUGUAACUUCACCCCAACCAGCCUCUCAAAGGGGUUCCCACCGCAUUUCAACGUCUCUUUACGUGUUCGAGCUAAGCUGGGAGACCUGGUUUCUGCCUGGCUCACAGUGCCAUGGUUCCAGUAUUGUCGGAAUGUUACCAUCGGGCCUCCAGGGAACAUCUGGGUGACCCCCAGAGAAGGCUCCCUCAUCGUCAGGCUCUCCUCUCCCUUCAGCAUCGAGGCCUCCAUGGCCACUUUUUUGUAUUGUGUCCAUUACUGGGAAAAAACAGGAAGACAACAGGUUAAAGGCCCUUUCAGGAGCAACUCCAUUGUGUUGAAUGAUUUAAAACCCUUAAGAGUGUACUGUUUACAAGUCAAGGCACAGCUGUUUUGGACAAUUGAAAACAUCUCUAGAUCUGGACAUUUAAGCAACAUAUCUUGCUACGAAACAACAGCAGAUGCCUCUACCAAGCUUCAGCAAGUCAUCCUGAUCGCCGUGGUGACCUUUCUGUUACUUUUGGCCCUGGCAGGGGCCUGUCUCUCCCUGGUCCUGAAGUACAGAGGCCUGGUUAAAUACUGGUUUCACUCCCCACCAAGCAUCCCGUUACAAAUAGAAGAGUAUUUGAAGAACCCGGCUCAGCCUAUCCUAGAGGCCUUGGAUAAAGACAGCUCCCCGAAGGACGAUGCCUGGGACUCUGUGUCCAUCGUUUCCCUUCCAGAGAAGGAGAGAGAUGUUCUCCAAAGCACUUUGACCCAAAGCACUGGUCCAGUCCAGCAGCCCGUGGGAAGAGGACUCUGAGCCAGUGAAGCUGCUGUCUUGUUGGGACCUCACGGAGCCCAGGACUCCAUGUCGCUGUUGCAAAAAGACCCAUUGGUGCCUGGGGGGAGACAGUGGGUCUCAUGGGUGAGACAAGCUUUUUUAUUUUUUCCCCAAAACUAAAAUUUUCUAAAUCAUACAUGUUUCUAGAAUGAUUCUACAGAGAUAGCCCAGCAAAAUUAAGAUUUCUCUUGAACACUAAAAAAGCACAUCAUUGUUUGUUAGCAAAACGGCUCCAGCACGCCUCUGAUAUUUUGUUCAGUAUUGGUUGGACAGGCAGUCUGGAGACCCGGUCCUUGCCUUGACUCUGGCAGGUCACAUAACCUGUUCCAGCCUGUCCCAACAAGGGACACUGAGCCUACACGUCCAGCCUCCCAGCUUAAAAUGUGAUUAAUCCUGUAAAUAUCUUCUUUGUAAUUUAAGGAGUUUUUUUCAAACUAGAAAUAAAAGACUGUAAAAUUAA